AUGUCUCGUUCUGUUAUACAAUUAAAUAUUACAUGUAUUCCACAAGAAGAUUAUUUUGGCUCUCCACAAUUUUAUUCCACCUCAAUGCAUAUAGUCAGUGUCAUUGCAACUCCCAUUCAUUCCUUGGGAUUAUUUUGUAUUUUAUUCAAAACUCCAGAUCAGAUGAAAUCCAUCAAAUUUUAUUUGUUAGUCUUGCAUAUUUGGGUCAUGGCAUUUGACUACUCACUGACACUUUUCACAAUACCAUUCAUUUUGGCUCCAGGACUUGCUGGGUAUUCACUCGGUCUUUACAAGUAUUUUAACGUUCCGUUUAUGAUUCAAGUGAUAAUCAUUCUCGCACUUUUUGCUUGGAUGAUGUUCGCGGCAGUUUCUAUAUUUGAAAACCGAUUUUACACUAUCUGCACCUUCUCUUGGAAAAAGCAUUGGUCGUUUUGGAGACGGCCAUGGCUUGCGAUACAUUACAUUGGAGACGUCAUACUUCUCAUUCCUGUUGCUAUUUUUGUUCCAGACCAAAAAACUGCGUUAAUAAAAACUUAUAAGCGACUCCCAUGUUUGCCACAAGAAGUUUAUGAAGCUCCUAUUGUCGUUGCAGCGGAUGACUAUACUUAUCAUUUUAUAGCUGCUUUUUUUGGUGUAAUCCUUAUCACUUCUGAGAUUUUCUUUUUUGUUGGAUUUCUUGUAUCAAAUAGCAUUCAACAGCUGAAACAAAAAACAAUGUCUCAGAAAACAUACAAUAUGCAGAAAAAGUUGUUAAUUGCUCUCGUUAUUCAAAGUUUUGUUCCGAUGACUUUUUUCAUGUUUCCACUGGUUUAUGGUAUGGUUGUUGUGAUAAAAGAAUAUUAUAAUCAAGCUAUUGUAAAUAUUCUAUUUAUAAACGGAUCAAUGCACGGGUUUGUAUCCACACUUGCAAUGCUUUUUCUUCAUCGACCAUAUCGAGAAGCAACCUUGAACAUUUUUAGCGUAUUACAGAAGAAGCCAUCGCCAGAAAUUUCUCAUAAUGUUGUUAGUAAUAAUUACGUUCCAAGAAAUUCAACCAGGCGUGUUCAAGUAUGGUGA